GAAUGCGGCUUUUCCCUAGGAACAGUACAGUUUGGUGAGGAUAGCGGUAGCACAAAAGUACGACAGAAGUAGCCGUUCAUCACACUUUUUAUACAUUUUUGCUGCUUUUGUGUUUUCACUAUGACCUUAUCUGUGAAAAUGCUAUUUUAUGUGACUCUAAAACGUCUCGGGUAGAAGUUAAACAGUUUUUACUGUUAGUCUUGCGGAAUUUAAUCACAGCUAAAGUUGCAGAGAUUGUGCCAGUGUGCCAAAAUGCCUACUGAAGUGAAGCAGAGGAAGAAGACCCCGAAGCAAAGUGAUGAAGGCUCUGAAACUUCUGCUUCAAACGGCAAAGAUGAGGAUAAAAAGCUGAAGACAGAAGCAGCACAACAAAAAACAUCUUCGUGCCUGGAUAUGAAAAGCUUCAUGUGUUUAUUGUCGCUGGUAGCCUGCGGAGCUCUGAGUUGGUAAGUCAUUUUUACUACUUGUGCUUUUGUUGAUUGUCCUUCUGGCAAAGUUUAUACUCUCUUUUGUCUGUUUCAGGAUGGUGCUACAACAAAAUGAGAGGUUCUCCGAAAUUGAAGAAAAGUACAAGUUAUUACUGGGAAAGACUGCAAGCCUCUUCGAUAUGGAAGAAGAAGUGCUGAAAGUUUCCAAAAAGGUGCGUUCAUGGUUCAUUAGGUCAUGAAAAUUAAAGGGCAGUUCAACAAACUUACACCGAACCACCCUUUUAAUGCCUGUGAGAGCAGAUAGACAGCUUUAAGUUGUUGCCGACCAUGUGUUUGUGGUACCAAAUAGUUGUAGGGCUCACAUGAAUAGGUAUCAUAUUUUGAAGCAUUUAAUCAAGUGGUCUAAAAAUGUAUCAACUUAAGUUUAUUUUUAUAAAUGUAAAAAAAUAAUCCUCACAGGAGCUUUAAAGGGAUAUUCCGGCACAAAAUUAAGUUAGGGUCAAACACACCAUAACACCAAGUUAGACACCUUGUUGAGAGAUGAAUGUUGCAGACCGCUUGCUUCUCUAGUUAUACCAACUUUAGUAAUAACCGCACGAUAGCAAUGCAGAGAGCCACACACUCAACCAAAAAGCAACUCUGUAACCACAAAUACUGCUCAGAACAGCACCUUACUUCUUCAACAGUACAUAUAGGGUCCCAGCCAUAGCACUAGCUACCAAACAUCUUUUUAGCUUUGCCUAAUUUCUUUAAUAUUUCUUUUAAUCUAACACUUACCAAACAGGAACAGCCUGCUCUGUUCUUUGUUACUUUUUUUUUUUUGCCCCUCUUCGAACUUUAUGGGUGUUUUGAGUCUAAAACAUUUGACCCUAUUUCAUAAUUUGACAUUUUUAAUAGGAAAACAUGACUUUGUUAUAUGGCAACAGUGGAGAAGGUUUCUGGAGUGCUGGGUGACUUUAAAGAGACAGUAGCUGAAAUGACCAGUUUUAGAUACGAAUUUAUCGAGCUUGGAAUCAUUUAAAGCUACUUCAAAGCUAUCAGAAGGGCUCUUUAAAAAAUGAGCAUGCUGCCCCCUCUUGGAGUAUUUAUUAAGUAUCCUCUAUCAGGACUUUUCAGAUUACUUCCAUCAUACGUUUGCAUGCGAUUUGAUUCCUGCUGUAUUUAUCAUGUAUGAAUGCUGAGGACCUUAGAGCUCCCACAGAAACAGCACUCCUGUUUUGUGUUGCGGCUGCAGCUUGCCGCCUCUGAAGACGACCUCAAGGAAGCGCUCUCCGCUGUCUCCGUGGCGACACGACUCCAGCAGGACAUCUCCACCCUCCACGCUGCCGUCAUGGCGAUGCAGGCUGAUGAGAACUCCGCCUCCCGCGACUUGCAGAUGGUCAACACUCACUUUCUCAACGUGACAGAGACGUGGCAGGAACGUCUGGCUGUUAUCUCCUCUGACCUCGCUGCCCUCAAAGCUGAGUCCAGGGAAGCCCAUGCCGGAGCAACGGAGCGGGUGAACGAGGCUGAGCGGAGAGCCCGGUCACUGGCGGAGAGGUUGGAGGAACUGGAGGACAGCACAAAAAGGAAUGCUCGAGCUAUGGAGCGCACAGAGGAGGACGACGCCAAGCGAGCGCAGGAUCAGCUGGACUGGAACACCAAGCAGAUCCACAACCUGGAGGCACAGUUUAGCAGCCUGAGUAAGAGGGAGGCGGAGCUUAGCACUCAGCUAGAAGAGCACAUCCCUAAGGCGCAGGAGUGUGAGAAACACCUGCCACAGGUAGAGGAGGCGGUGCGUUCCAUCCUCAGGCUGGGCGGUGAUCUGAGCGGAGCAGAGAAACGUCUAGAGGAGGUGACGUUACAGGUGUUCGGGACCGAGGACAGCAUGUUGAAGGCUCUGAAUGAAAUCUUGGAGAUCAGGCAGGAGCUGGACACGCUGCACGCUCAGAACAGUAUCAUGAAGAUGAAGAAUGAGCUCUCUGUGGUUCGAGAGGCCGUCCGUGAACUCACCAUGGUGCUGAAGGAGAAUAGGGUUGAAAAUGAGCAGGACACUCUGGUGGAGGACGGGUGGAAAAACGUUGAGGAAGAGGAGGAAGAACCGUGGGAGGAGUGGGAAAAAGAUGAUGAGACAACUCUGCCACCUCCUGACGAUGUCACUGAAUGAUUUCACUUUUCUUAGUCAUUUAGGGAAAAGGAGUGUCUCUGGAUUUUGUUUCAAAAACUCUACAGCUAAAAUGUUUUUCAGUGUGUGCUGUGUACCUCAUUUUUAUAUAAGUAAACUGUGACAUAUCAGAUUAAAGUUCCCUGAUUUUAAGAUGAACUGUAUAAAAUGAGGAAGGUCAACAGCAUUUAUCAAAGUCAAGCCAUUUCUAAUUUAUUUAUGAAGCACAUUUACAAACAACAUAUUUACCAGAGUGUUUUACAGCUAAAAAGGUGGUAAAUAAAAUGUGUGUACCAACAAAAUCACCUUCAUACACAGAGAAAGACAAAUAUUAAGGACUUUAAAAACUAUCACGAGCAAAAAUAAAGCCUUGAAAAGAAUAACAAAGAAAUGCUGGAUAAUCAACAAAAAUGAGCAAGUCUGAUGAUUUACUUUUAUUUUAUUUUUGUAAUAUUUGGAUGAAGCUUUUCUUAUUUCUGUAAAAUAUGCAUUAUUACUCUGGGGCGAGUCAUUUGCACUGAAGCAGCUGUACAGUAACGUGUUCUGGAGUUUUCUGUUAUAACGAUGCAAGAACUCAAAAAAGGAGUCAGCUGGUUGGUCGACAGAUAAAUACUGACCGUCUUAUAUUCUUUAGAUUCCAGUUCUUUUGUAAUUAUUACCUGUCUGAUCAUCUUUUUAUACCAUUAUCUUGUGCUUAUGUAAUAAAAAACUGUAAGAUUUUGAGUUAGAUAAAAAAAAAAGUAAUUACUUAUUAGUUUCAACCCCUUAUUGUAUCUCCGUCAGUAUUUCCUUUUCUAUAGGAAUGCCCCGAAGUAGAUGUUUAGUAAAUCUUGUUUUUUGAAACAGUGAUUUAUUUGACCUUUUUGAAACAUGUCAGCUGUUUAUCACCAAUUUAAUAAACUUUUACUUUACCAAAAACCCCGUCUUUUAACUUUUAUGACUUCUAAAAGCUCCUGUAGGGAACUUCGGGUUUGUGUUGACUUUGGCUCCCCCCUGUGGACAACACAUAUCUCUGCUAAAUUUGCCAAGUAGUUAUUUUCGGAUUGCUUUUGUAGUACAUAAAGUAUACAUCAAAAUUGAUCACAGUCUGUUUUAUAAUCAGCUAAGACCUCCUAACAAAAGCUGUAAAUAUAACCAAAUAUAACUAAUAUACAAACCUGUAGAUUUGUCAGUUAUUUGUUUACUGUGAACUCUCUUUCAGUGCGAGGGCAUCCAGCCGAUGCUGGAGGGUCUUGAGGCUCAGCGGGGAGCUUUGCAGCCUCCUCUGGAGAGUUUGGAGCAGGAUGUGAGCCGGCUGAAAGAGUGGGCCUCGGGGCUGAGUGAGAACCAGGCUCAACUCCAGACGAGGCUGACAGCACUGAGAGGAGCCGUGGGGCUGAUCGAGGAACGCACCUCAGCCAUCACAAAAGACUUCAUCAACAAGGUGUGUCGGACGUUCUCUUAUAUACAGAUUCUGGUAUAAGAAGACUCUAGAGCUGGCGCAGUUUCAGUGUUUCUUAGUGUCUGCUCUUCUUUAUUCGUCCUAUAGGUGGCAUCAGUGAGGACUGAUGUGCGCAGGAUGGACGGCCUGAAGUCAGAGCUGGAGUCUCUCCUCACUCAGGUUGAGGAGCUGGAGGAAAAGGCGACUCAGGUAGAGCGCAGCAUGGUCAAACGCAUCGGCGAGGUGCUGGCCAGCAGCAUCGACCGAAUCUCAAAUGUCCGCUCCGCCUCUGAACGCAACUCUCAGGCCAUAGAGCAGCUGCGCAGACGGGUCCCUGAACUCAUCGCGGCUGACACACAGAUCUCUGAGCGCCUCAGGGAGCUGGAAAGUGGCCGAGCUCGUCUGGUCAGAACAGUGACCUUCGCAGCCGACCUGAAACCAAAAGUUGCUUCAAUCAAAAGAGACUUCGGGGCGUUUGAGCCUCAGCUGUCAGACCUGACUCUGCGGAUUGGAAGACUGGCAGAGGAUCUGACUCAGAGAGAGCAGGAGAUCACUGAGCUCAGACAGACAUUAGCUAACCUCACUGCAGUGGAGGGAGAUUUAAAUUUAACGGCUAAGCAGGUUAAUGAAAUGACUGAAAUCUCUGAUAUGCAGACAUGAGACACACUCAUCAGAAACUUUCAUACUACUGUUUGACAUUUUAAUGCUGUAAAGUUCUGUUUUAGAAAAUCCAAAUUUAUGAAUCUGUGUCAUUAUGAACAGAGAUAAACUCAAAGCUGGUAAGUAUGAAUGUGAACCGUCUCGCCUCAGGACUGUAAGUGAUUCUAAAGUUUAAAAUAUGAUGUAGUUUGCUCUUGCCCCACAAAAAUCCACUCUUCAACGUUUAGCUGUCGGAGUUGUGAUUGAUCAAUUAAAUCAGCCUUUGUUAAUGGAUUAUGCUUCCAUAUUUUGAUGCAAAAAUACUUGUGUAAUUGGUGUGAUUAAGGCUGUAGGAACAAAAUACAAACCAAUGUAACAUUUUGGUAUUAAUAAAAGUUUAAAAACUGAGUCACAGUUGAAAAAUAAA